AUGAAGCUGUUUUGUUUAUUAAUUGUACUAUCGUUAACGGUUUGUAACGCGAAACUCUUGUCGAAAACUACUGAGAAUAUAGAAAUAUUAAAGGGAGCUAACCUUCAAAGUUCACUCUCAGAGAGAAGCCAAAAUGAAAAUUAUAUUAAUUACAGACGCACUGUACGAGCUGUAGAUGCAAAAACAAUUGAGAAAAAUGUCACAAUUACUAAUGUUAAAGUUAUGAAAGAUAAGGUUCUUGUCAAGAAACCUAUUCCUAAAUAUCAUGAAGUGAACAGUGAUGAAGACUACCAGGCGAAAUAUAAAUGGUUCCAAAAUCAAGAUUCCGCUGAGCAUGAGGACGAAGACUUCAAUAUUAACGACUAUGACUUCGACGUAAAUCAUGACGAAUUUGCGAGUGGUAGAAAACCGUUAGAGCCUAGAACAAAAUUGGCUGUCAACCGACCCCGCGCAUAUAAAGUCAGAGCUAAUAUAAAAGUAGACAAAACAAAAGUAUCAAAGCCGAAGUUGCCACGUUCGUUGCUCCAAAGAAAAGUAGUAUUCCCGAAAAUAACUGUACCUGCAAAGGCGCCACGGAAUGCAGUCGAUAAAAUGCGUGAGGAAGAUUAUGAUCAAGAAUUUUCUACCACGACGCGAUCGGUAGAAGAAACCACACACGAACGAGAUGAUGAGGGUAGUGACGAAUUUGAAGACAGUAAAGAGUUUGUCGGGACUUCUUCGGUUAGAACAGUUCGAUCACCGUGGGAUAUGGGAAUAGGGCACUACGUAGAAAAACUUGGUCAGAGAACUGUCAAUAUGAUGUCUAAAAUAUUAAGCCAUUUGCCUAUAUUUCCCCAAGUUCCUUACGAAAAAAAGGACGACAUCCUUUCGCUGGACAAACCAGUCAAAAACCCGCUUAGAGGCUGA